AUGUCCCAAAUACACGCCAUGUCGGACGACCAGGUGAACCAGGAGCUGCGCAAGAUGACUGCCUUCAUUCGGCAGGAAGCGCUGGAAAAGGCUCGCGAGAUUCAACUCAAGGCAGACGAGGAGUUCAGCAUCGAGAAGUCCAAGCUGGUCCGCUCGGAGACAUCUCGCAUCGACGACGAGUACAAGAAGAAGUUCACCCAGGCUGGCAUGAGCCAACAGAUCACAAAGUCCACCCUCGCCAACAAGACGAGACUGCGAAUCCUCAGCUCGAGACAGGAGCUUCUGGACCAGCUGUUUGAGGAUGCGAGCAAGAAGCUGGCCGAUACUGCAUCCAAGGACAAGAGCAAGUACGAGAAGGUCUUGAAGAACAUCAUUCUGCAGGGACUGUAUGCACUUGUCAAUGAGAAGAAGGUGACCCUGCGGUGUCGGAAGAAGGAUGACGACGUUGUCAAGAAGGCAGCUGAGGGCGCGAAGGAGGAGUACAAGAAGAACUUGAAGCGGGAUGUUGAGAUUCAGAUCGAUGGCAAGGAGCGGGUGCCCGACGACUCACCCGGCGGUGUCAUCAUCCUCAGCGGCAACGGCAAGAUCGACGUCAACAACACCUUCGAAGAGCGAUUGCAUCUACUCGAGACCGAAGCGUUACCUGCCGUGCGGGCAACACUGUUCGGAGAGAACAAGAACAGACGAUUCAGGGACUAG